GUUUUCAACCCGUCCGGCCAAGAAAAGAAAAAUUCCUGGGCACGUCGGAUCGAUGGUGGUCGUCAUCUCCUUUCCUUCUUCUCCGCAGGGGUUGGUGGGAGCAACAACGACUCUGAACUCCCCUCUUCCUCCUAGUUGACGGCGAACACGUGGAGCGAAUUGACGGUGACAACGGCUGCGGCUCCGACCUCCUUCUUCCUUCUUCGUCCUCCGUCCAACGCCGGGAGAGUUCUGGGCUUCGAAUGCACUCUGCACAUUGGUGCUUGUUUCUCAGGCAGAUCUUGAGAAGGACCAUAGUUUUCAGAGAGCCGGGGAAUCACCAUCUGAGUAUUGCAUUUGGCAUCUAAGGUCCUAGACUAAAAAUGAAUGUCAAGGGAGGUGGGUUAGGCGGCAGAGGGAGGGAUUGUGGGUAGGCGGCGGGAGGGAUGUGGGUAUGCCGGCGGGAGAGUUUUGGGUAGGCUUGGAGAGAGAUUGUUUGUUUCUAGGGUUUAUGUUUAAAUUGGGGAGAGGGGUGUAUGUGUCAUUUGGUACGGUUUAGGGCGAUAAAAAUUUGAAUUUUAGGGCGGCGAAUAGCAAUUCAGAACAUAUUAUGUUGAACUUCCGCUUAUUCCGGCCAACUGGCCAACCUUUAAUCGAGCUAAAAAAAGAACCCGGUAAAACGCUCUCCGUCAUCCGGAGUUCGCUCAAAACCUUUCACACUUUUCCCCGUUCACCACGUCCCUUCAGCCAAUGGGACGUAAGUAAAAUAUUCAACGGAACACGUGGCUCGCAUUGAUUGAACAGCAUUCCACCUCUGCAAUUUUGCUAAAAAAAGAAAAAAAUUGUCGCCAUCCCUCCCCUUCCAAACCCUCCUCCGAUCUCCCUUAUAUUUCCAGUUUUCCUUCUGCUAAGCUAUCGCAGCUGAAGACUGAAGUGACUGAGAGACCGAGGGGAAGCAAAGAGAAAAGAUGUGGAGCUCUAAAUCAUUGGCGGUGGCUCUGCUAUGGAGCGUGGUGCUAUUCGGAACCCUAGCUCUCAUCCAGGCGAAGAAAUCCGACGAGAAUUUGAAGGAGAUCACCAAUAAAGUUUAUUUUGACAUAGAGAUCAACGGAAAGCCCGCCGGCCGAAUUGUCAUGGGUCUCUUCGGCAAGGCUGUUCCUAAAACUGUAGAGAAUUUCAGAGCUUUGUGCACGGGUGAAAAAGGUAUCGGGAAGAGUGGGAAGCCUUUGACCUACAAAGGCAGCUCAUUCCACAGGAUUAUUCCUAGUUUCAUGAUCCAAGGAGGUGACUUUACCCAUGGCGAUGGAAGAGGUGGAGAAUCUAUUUACGGGGAGAAGUUUGCUGACGAGAACUUUAAGUUGAAGCACACUGGCCCUGGUCUUCUGUCAAUGGCGAACGCUGGUAAAGACACCAAUGGCUCACAAUUCUUCAUCACCACUGUCACAACUAGCUGGCUGGAUGGCAGGCAUGUUGUAUUCGGGAAAGUGAUAUCUGGAAUGGAUGUGGUGUACAAGAUUGAAGCUGAAGGAAGGCAAGAUGGUACACCCAAGGCCAAGGUUGUGAUUGCAGACAGCGGUGAACUGCCUCUAUAAGUGCCUCGGUUUUGCCUUUUGCUGUUCUAGGUGCCCCCACAGUUGUCAGUGCUUUAGACUCUCAUAAGCUUGCUCUCAACUCUUCUACACCUGAGGCGUUGUGGGAGAUGUAGCCUGAACCUUUGAUAAUCCUUUUGUAGUGCUGUCGUUCAUGCUAGAUGUUCGCAGAACAGAACAAUCCUUCAUCAUAUGCAAGUUGAAUGUUCUUAGUCCAAGGUUUAAAGAUGAUUUGGGUUUGGCUUUAUUAGUGACAACUUUGUAUCUGUGCUUCCUCGAGAGUUUGAGAUCAGAAGUUCUGCUAAAUGACAUCUUGUCAAAAUCUCUUCCGGAAGCAACAAACUUAAAUAACAACUAGAAAGCAGUGAGCAAACUAGUGAAAAAGAAAAUGCGACCGACAGAACGACUACACCAACGACAUUCUAACACAAUCUCUAAAGGUUCAAUAACUAGUCUGUCAUCUUCUACAAUUGAAGUAUGUUCCCAAAUCAUCCCCCAAUGAACGGGAAAGCAUAGCAUUCAGCCCCAGAAAGAUGCAAUUCAAUCAGUCUGAAGCAAAAGACACAGGAAGGGAUUAUCAAGAACGCAGCAAAAUCGAACGAAACAGAGUAAGCAUUCGGAUGGUGGUAGGAUAUGGCGGUCUUCCGCCACUGGCUAAUCACAUCAUCUUUACUAGAGAGCAUAGAACAGACAUAACAACAAACAGCUGAUGAGCAAAACCAGAUUAUUCUGACGACGCUUACCCAAGGGAAACAUUCCACGAGACGGACCGAUUUGGACUGAAAUCAAAUUUUCACUUUGCUACUUGACGCAACGACAGCAAAAGAGCGCAUAAGGUGAUGAAAUCGGAUUUCCAUGGCGGAUUAUUCAUUGCCGUGAUCGCCUGCUUGGCGCUUGCUGUUAGAAACCGAACAGAAAAAUUAGGGUUACCGAUCUGGCUGAGUCGCGGACUAGGUCGCUCUCUUUAAGACGUUCGCGGCACUGCCUCGUAUUGCGCACAGCAGACUAUCAGCCGGUCGCCUCCAGGAUAAAACAUCCAUUCUAGUUUUCUUGCUCAUCGAUUUUGUGCGAAAAACCGGAGCUCUAUGAAUUCACUCUCUCUCUCGUGUUUCUGCUCUUCUGAGGUGUGUUAAGAGGGUCUGGGGCGUCUCCUAUUUAUAGGAGCAGAAAACCCAGAAUAUUCCCUCUUUCUUUGGGAAUAAGUCACAUUUUAAUUAGGGAGAUAAUUACUUCCAUAAUUAAAAUAUAAUCUAUUAAGAUAAUUAUUCCUAAUUAUCUCCAUAAUAUUCCUUUUAUUAAUUAUCCAUCUUAUUUAUGUAUUAUGGGAAAAUACUGGAUAAUUAAUUAGGAAUUUCAUAUAUAGCUUUUCAAGGCUAUUCAUCCCAACAAUCCCCCACUUGAAUAGUUUUGAAACUAUCUCUGAGCAUCAACCGUUCCAUAAGAUCGGGCAUAAGCUAAGGUAUCGCGAAGAUUUGAACCUUAGCGUAGUGGUUACACUUCCGAUUUCGUAAGGGUGACUCGUAGUCUUGAACCCUAUCUCAGACAAUGUAGCACACCGGAUCUUUUCAUUGAGUGAUAUUCUCUCAUAGGCCGUGCGUUAAUGGCCAUGCACGUUAUCCCGGUUUAGUGAACGCUCUAGCAACUUUGUGCCUCCAAAGUUCCAUAGGGAGCGGCCCCACUCCCACAUUCACAUAGGUGAGUCUAUCAGAAGUACCCCCAAAGUAAAGUACUUCACUCCAC